AUGGCUUUGACGGCAAUGUUACGCCGUACCCUUAUAAAUGGGACAUUAUAUUCAGCGGCCUCUCUGCGUUUUGCUUCUACACAGCCAGAAAAAAAAGUGUUCUUUGAUGUUACUGCCGAUGGCGAACCCUUAGGUCGCAUAGUUAUGAAACUGAACACUGAAGAGGUUCCUAAGACUGCUGAGAAUUUCAGAGCGCUGUGUACUGGAGAGAAGGGAUUUGGUUAUAAGGGUUCAUCGUUCCACAGAAUUAUUCCUGACUUUAUGUGUCAAGGGGGAGACUUCACUAAUCAUAAUGGCACUGGGGCAAGUCUAUCUAUGGUAGAACUUUCCAAGAUGAGAACUUUAAGUUGA